AUGCCUUCACCUUCACCUGGCACGUUGUCUUCAGCUUCAAUACCCAUUCCCCUUGAAAUAAUACAACACAUACUCUGUUUCUGUGACCGGCAAACACUACAUGCGGCAUCACUCGUCGCCCACCACUUCCUCGACGCCAGCCAGCGUGAAUUGUUCUCUGAAUUGAAACUACGACGGGCGUCUGCAGUAGAGCUCAAGCGCCUCUCCUCCGUCUUAGUGAACUCUCCUCACAUUGCUAGCUAUGUCCGCGUGCUUUCGCUUUCACUCGACCUGGAUCAUUUCACGGAGAUCUCCCUCAUCCUCCAAGCCCUCACUAGCCUAACGGCAAUAUCGCUCAACUGGCACGGGUCCAACUGGGAAACGCUGGAUGAGCGCGAGAAAGUGGCGACAAUUACUGUCCUCGGUCGGUCUACUCUGACCAUCGUCACCGUCACCAGCCUCCGCUUUAAGACUGCUUCGGCAUUGGUAUCAAUGCUUUGCUCACUGGGGCCAAAUGUGCAGAGCCUUUCUCUCAUCCGGGUUCAACAAGAGAAUGAGACUUCGCCUGCAACAAGCCUCAGUACUGCUCCCAAGGAUCAUAAUUCUCUUGCACCUCUGACAUCUCAAUUUCGGCCCGGGAUUUCGACUCUUAAACUCCCCAACGGUAUACCGCAUGGAUUCCUGUUGUGGUUAAGGAACCACGCAGACCCCUCCCAUAUUCAGACACUCGUAGUACCACUCUGGAGCCAAAUAGAUGGCUCGUUCCAGCAACUUCUUCGUGCUACUGUCAAUCUUCAACAUCUUACACUCUCAACCAACCGUCUCAGUGUUUUGUGGCCCACGGCUGGGGCCAACCUCAACAAUGUUUCACGGCUUGCCUCACUCACAUUUGAAAGCCGGUUCGAUGAGAUUGAAGAGAAAGAGGGUGGGCUCCCAGUUUACAACCCACUGGUGGACCUCUGCAGUCUUCUCCGGCGCACACACACUCUUCCCCAGCUCACCAAACUCACCGUGAGAAUGGUGUAUGCCUGCACUGAUCCGAUGUGGUAUUUCCACCAGCCCGGCGCUGAUUUAAACUCCCUUCUGUCAGAGCCCGUCGCGAGCCAUAUCAAAAGUGUAUUGAUCGUGUACGAGUGGUCGCUGGGCAGUGGGGCCAAGCCGCAGGAUGAUAUCUACAAUAAGGACGCGCUGCGCAAGGACUUUGCGGAAUUUCUCCAGCGUGGGACACUGUCCUUUGGAGAGCCUUAG